GGGAAGGCUCAGGGGCGUGCUUGCGGCAACUCUGUAACCGCCUGUGCGCAAGUCGGAAGGGAAAAGGGCGGGCGUGUCCUGGUCUGGAGGCGGCCCAGGCUGCCUUGGUGACUCUGGCUUCGCGGCUUCAGGGCUUGCGGCGGGUUCGCGCAACGGCCUGCGAACCACCAGGCGCGUCCCCGCCGGCUCGGGUCCGCCCCGGAGCCCCGUCCCUCGGCCUGGCCCGCUAUGCCCUGCACACCGGCGGAGUCCAGCAUGGCGCAGCCCGGCGUGCGGUUCGGCCUCGCCAGGUGGUCAGCCCUUCCUCGGAGGCCGGGGUGCUGGGGGCGCUUCAGAGAGUGGCCAGGGGCCCCCAACCUCAGGGCUGCAGAGCAGUACCAGUCCGUGGCCUGUUAGGAACCAGGCUACAGAGCAGGAGUUGCCAAAAGAAAGGGGAUUUGGUGAUGGAGGCUUUGUUAGAAGGAAUACAAAAUCGAGGGCAUGGUGGGGGAUUUUUGACAUCUUGUGAAGCAGAACUACAGGAGCUCAUGAAACAGAUUGACAUAAUGGUGGCUCAUAAAAAAUCUGAAUGGGAAGGACGGACACAUGCUCUAGAAACUUGCUUGAAAAUCCGUGAACAGGAACUUAAGACCCUUAGGAGUCAGUUGGAUGUGACACAUAAAGAGGUUGGAAUGUUGCAUCAGCAGGUAGAAGAAUAUGAAAAAAUCAAGCAAGAGAUGACCAUGGAGUAUAAGCAGGAGUUGAAGAAACUACAUGAAGAAUUACGCAUACUGAAGAGAAGCUAUGAAAAGCUUCAGAAAAAGCAAAUGAGGGAAUUCAGAGGAAAUACCAAAAAUCACAGGGAAGAUCGGUCUGAAAUUGAGAGGUUAACUGCAAAAAUAGAGGAAUUCCGUCAGAAAUCGCUGGACUGGGAGAAGCAACGCUUGAUUUAUCAGCAACAGGUAUCUUCACUGGAGGCACAAAGGAAGGCUGUGGCUGAACAAUCAGAGAUAAUUCAGGCUCAGCUUGCCAAUCGGAAACAGAAAUUAGAGUCUGUGGAACUUUCUAGCCAAUCAGAAAUUCAACACUUAAGCAGUAAACUGGAGCGGGCUAAUGACACUAUCUGUGCCAAUGAGUUGGAAAUAGAGCGCCUCACCAUGAGGGUCAAUGACUUGGUUGGAACCAGUAUGACUGUCCUGCAGGAGCAGCAGCAAAAAGAAGAAAAAUUGAGGGAAUCUGAAAAGCUAUUAGAGGCUCUGCAGGAAGAAAAGAGAGAAUUGAGGGCAGCUCUUCAGUCUCAAGAAAAUCUCAUACGUGAGGCAAGAAUACAAAAGGAGAAGUCACAAGAAAAAGUAAAGGCAACUGACACUCAACAUGCUGUAGAAGCUAUAAGGCCACAGGAAGAAUCUCCGGCAGAAAAGAAGUACACCUCUCAAGGGCAGGGGGACUUAGACAGUGUGCUCUCCCAGUUGAAUUUUACCCAUACUAGUGAGGAACUUCUGCAGGCAGAGGUGACUCGUCUUGAAGGCAGUUUGGAAUCUGUGAGUGCAGCGUGUAAACAGCUGAGCCAAGAACUAAUGGAAAAAUAUGAAGAAUUGAAGAGGAUGGCAACACAUAACAAUGAAUACAAAGCAGAGAUUAAGAAGUUGAAAGAACAGAUUUUACAGGGUGAACAAAGUUACAGUUCUGCACUAGAAGGAAUGAAGAUGGAAAUCUCCCAUCUAACUCAGGAGUUACAUCAGCGAGAUAUCACUAUUGCUUCCACCAAAGGUUCUUCCUCAGACAUGGAAAAGCGACUCAGAGCAGAGAUGCAAAAGGCAGAAGACAAAGCAGUAGAGCAUAAGGAGAUUUUAGAUCAGCUGGAGUCACUCAAAUUAGAAAAUCGUCAUCUUUCUGAAAUGGUGAUGAAAUUGGAAUUGGGUUUACAUGAGGUAUUGCCUCCAGCACACUGUUUACAUUCCUACUGUGUCUCCGCGUCUGUUUUCCUGGGAAUACAACUGGCCCACCUGAACAUAUGAUCUGUGCUGCUGUUGGUGCAAGAGGACAGGAGGGAAAUAAGCUGGAAGCCAUGGAUGUGGAGAGUCUGGCUUCAAGAUGGAGCUUGUUUACCUGCAGGUAGAACUCCACCCCUGCACCCUGUUGAGUCCCCUGCCUGGCUGUGGUACGAAGAACCAGCCUGCAUACCCUCACCCGGUAGUGGAGUAGGCCGACACAGCCAGUGUGGGGCCCAGCGAGUGACAUACAUCAUCAAAGGUGCUUAUUAUUUUGAUGAAACACAACACAUUUCUUUCAGCCUGUAAAAUCAAAGGUGUGCAAAAAGGCUGUGUUCAGGGUGGAAAACACCCCUCGUUUCCCUGUGGUGGUGCAUAGCUAUUAUGCCUCUGGGGCCUUUGUGCGUUUUUCAGGUGUGAGUGACACGAGGCUGACUGGGUGGCCUUGGUACCUUGUCUCUUUAGAGAAAAAGGGGACAGGGCUUCUUCCCGAUUCCCUAUAAAAACCAAUUUUUGUUUGAAGACUUGCCUUUCCUGCUAGUGCCUAAUACCAAUUAUGUCUUUCCAGAGAUGGUGAGCUUCUUCUGAAAGGAUUCCUUGGAAACCUUGUCUUAACAACCCGAUCAUCCUGGUGCAAUAAGAAUAUAUGAAUGGGAGGCCAGUGUGGACAGUAAUAGGGCCAGGAGGCUUCAUCUCCCCAUAAAAAGUAUAAGACACAAACAGUAUAGCUGAGAUCAUGAAGACCUGGUUUGUAGCGGGUCAUGGGAAAGGAGAGAAGGUGGAGUUGGGAGAGCAGGUGGGAGGUGAGACACAUCCAGAAGGGACUGGGUUUCAUCAUCAGUGACUGCCAUGAGUCUAACUUAGUUAUCUGGUUGGAUAGGGAUGCAUUUACUGAACUGGGGACCCAGGAGGAGUUGGGAGUAAUUUGAGGGAGAGAAGUAACUCCAGUUUAGCAUCUUUUGACUCGGAGAUGCCUGUGGGACACCCCAAAGAGGACAUCCCAGUUAACUUUCAGUUUCCUUUAGUUCUGCUUGCAAAAUUAGACAGAACCAGCAUCUUGUCAGAGGCUCUUCUUCCCCUUUGGUCCCUCUGCUGGGCUUUCUCUGGCCCCUUGCCCUCGGGCAAGAGAGGAGCCAGCAGUGCAGUCUGCCAGGGGCUCCAGGGGCAGGCUCUUAACACAGCGGGGCCCUUCAGAUGUUCCACAGCAGGGCCCUUCAGAUGUUCUGUAACUGACAACCCCAGGCCCACUGCCUGCCAGCAUCUGUUCACAGAGACACGGCAUCACAAACUCUCCGGACUGGAAGGGACGUUGGAGGUCAUCCACUCCAGCUUUGGGGAUGGCAUUUUCAGACUGUUCUAAUAACUCAAGAGUUACUCCUUCUUUUGUGUGGAAGCCUGUUUCUUCUGACUUCCUCUUAAUAUGCUGCCGGGUCUCCUUCCUAAGGAGAAGCAUGCUGGGCCUCGUUUUCGUGGAUCUAGCAGCGAGAGACAUGACGAAGCCAGACUUGGGAACACAAGUUCUUUUUGUCCUUCACACUACAGCUACGAGAAUGGUCUCCAUGGUUACAGCAGCUUCUCAGAAAUGUCUGGAUUUUUCAUUUUCUGUAUUUCUCUAAAUGUCUAGUUUAUGAAUAAUCUGCUUAGGUGACCCGCUGGAAAGUUUCUGCAUGUAUAUGAAUAUCAAGAAGUACAUAUUUAUAUACAUUCAAAAUAAAGAAAAAGUAAGCUGAUAGGCA